AUGAGCGAUUCCGGCGAGACGGACAUUUUGCUGCUAAUACCACCAGACUUCUUCAACUGCGAGUCCCCCGCGUUGGUGACGCCAAGAGCACCCAAGGCAACCACCAACUGUUCACUUGGCAGUGUCGAUCACCUAUCGUAUGAAUCGUUUAUCGAUUGCAACGGCACAGCAUCAAUGGCGGGGAUAGAAAACUGUUCAAUGGCACACUGCUCGGCCGCAAAUCGAACGGAGCAGUACGUGGCAUCGACUCCGUUCAAGCGGCACAACCACCGGGACUCGCACAAAGAGCGAUACCUUCUGAACGAAAUCGAUCAGUACCUCCAAGAGAGCGAUCAUCGCCAUGCGCAGGAAUCAGAGAAGCAGCAGCACGAGCACCAGCACAAUGGCAUCCGUAGCCCGCACGACUCGCUGGUGGAUAUAAACGGUCUCUCGAUGAACGAAUACUCAUCGUUAUCGGGGAAUGACUUCGGCAAUCUUUUGAAGCCCAUCCCAUCUGGUGGACCAGUACCACAAAAACCGCCACGCAAUGUUCAAAGUUCGCUGCUAGUGAAACCGUAUAGUAAAAAUGGAAACAUGCUCAACCUGAGUGAUAUCUGGCCUACACAGGGCAGUGCAAUGCCGGACUACCAGAAAGCCCUACAAGAGGAACGGCUCCGUCGGCAGCACUGCGAGCGUAACAUUCAAUCGUUACAGAUGAAGUUGCUCGAGUACGAGGAGAAAAUGUCCGUCGCCCUCACCGUGGACAAGGAAAAGGUGUCCGUCAUUGGCAAACUGGAGCUGGAGGUUGCUCGUUUGACCAACCGAAUACGCGACAUGGAGAGGAGCCAUAUAGACACGCACGAAAAGCUCAUGAACGAGAACGUGGAGGUGCGCAACAAGAAUCUGUUACUGGAAAAGGAGCUUACGAGCACCGUCAACCUAUCACGGAAUCUUCAAGAACAGAAGGACAUACUGGAGCUGAAGGUGGACAAUUUGGCCAGUGCCAAUCGGGACGUUAACGAGGUGCAUCGCAAGCAGCAGGAAGACCUUCAAGUUCGGCUCGCCAACAGUCGUGAUAGUGAGCGACAGCUGAAAGAACAAUUGGGGAAACAACGAAAAGUGAACGAAGAGCUUAACAAUGAGUUGCAGGAAGAGAAGAGAAAAGUCGCGGAAGGUGCCGGUUUACGCGAAGACGUACGAACGAUGAAGAGGAAAAGUGAGAUGUUGGCGAAACAAUUGGCUGACGCUUUGCGAGAAAAUGUUGGCCUCCAAGAACAGACAGGGCACAUGAAACAACAAAUAUCCGUCCACCAGGAGGAAUCGAAAAAUCUUCUAAAAGAGUUGGAAAUACAAAGAAUUUCGUUGAAAAAGUACUACCAAUCCCAACUAGAAGAUGUGGUAACGGAUAAGUUGAACGAAUUCCAAAAACAGCUCACCACCGUGGAGGAGGAAUUGAAAGCGGAAGCGUCCAAGAAAGAGCGUGCACUCGCGGAUCGUGCCAAGCGGCAGAUCGAACUGAUCGAUCAGAAGCGUGAACAGGAGGUGCUUCUUCUUACGGAGCGAUACAACGAGCAGGAAUCCUUGUACCGGCUCCAGUUGGCAAACUCGGCCAAACGUAUACACGAGCUGGAGGACAAACUCCGUACCAUACAGAACCGCCGGGCGGACAUCGCCUCGCAGUUGCACCUGAUAAUGGAGACUCAGUGGAAACAGGCGCUCGAUGUGCUGAUGAGCCCCGGGCAGCACUCGGAGGAACGUUACUCUUCGAAGUUGUCCGAUUUGGAAGCCAAGUCACAGUACUUCCAGCGACUAUCCGUGGGGCAACUUGAUAAGGACCGGCUCGAUGGUGUUUUAUCGCUGAAACAAGCGAUAGUGAGUGACGAUGUGAAUAACUUCCAAACGCCUGUGCAAGCCAGCCAUCGUGAACCAACCAACGGACCACCUUCAGGCUUUCCGAAGGAACUGCUACAUAACUAUAUCGAGCUGCUGCUAGAGAAAUCACCCAACGAUCUCAAAAGGCUUGAGGAAGUCCUGUCUAGCUGUCGAAAGCAAUCGGAGAAAGAAUCGUGCACCGAAAUGCACGGUGCCGAUGGAACGGGGAACGUAUCCAGAUCAGCAUCGGCCACGGCACUGAAUCAGCUCGGUAAAAAACCGUGCCCGAAAGGUGCUCCGAGGCCUUGGAAAUGAUAGAUUUAUGCCUACACGAGAUGUUGCUAGCAAUUGUGUACUUUCUUAUUUAAAAAUCCACCGGCGUAUUCAGCGAUUACGGAGUAAA